AGCGCUUUAUCAUCUGCAUAUCGCCCUGCUUGCCAACAUCCACCAUCUGAUGAGUCUAUAUAUAUAGGGCCCAACUCUACCACUUCGCCAUGCCCAUUUAUCAGAUCUUGCCUACUACCAAAGACCUUGAUAACCGAAUCUAUGAGGUCGCUGCAUCCUUACACGUUGUACCUCGUAGGGAAGCCCCGUGGAAGGGAGGGAACGCCUUUCAGUACGAUAAGAGCGACGAGUGUAUGGCUUUAGGUCGAGAAUAUUUCAAGGAAUCAUGGUCCGUCGUUCAGCAGGUAGUGGAAGAAGUAAAGCUGGAGCGACCAAAGAAUGUGCCUACUGUCCUUCUACAACAAAAGGGUUGGCUGUCCACCGCGCUAAACGAAACGGGCGUUAUCAUUCCGAUUCGAAAUUCUACGGAUACGUUCGAAAAGGACAGCAUUGAUGUUAAGACUGCAGAAGGCGUCGAUUGUAUCAAAUUAGCGCCACAUGAGAUGAUUGUGCUCGAAAGCAAUGUUCGCUUCAAGGUUUCCGACCGUGUUCCAUUUGAGUUAAUCCUUCACCCGACGUCGCCAAUACGGAAAGUCGAGUAGAAGGGUUAGACGUAGGGAUCCGGACUGAGACCUAAAAGAAGCAAGUCCUCC